AACAAAUGUGAGAAAAAAAAGAUAUUACCUUCGAAAAUGCUGGCGCUCACCUCCUUAUCCCCGCGCCCGGCGCGGCCUUCCCCGUCUCCGGCCACGCCUCCUCACCGCCGGCCGCCGCCGCCUUGCGGCCGUAUCCGGCCCACAUCCGCCGUCUCGACCGCCGCGUCCGACGGCGGCGGCGCGGCCGACGACUACCACUCCACCAUCCGCUCCCUCAACUCGCACGGCCGCCGCCACGUGCCCCGCAAAUCCCUCGGCCAGAACUACAUGCUGAACGCGAGGGUGAACGAGGAGCUGGUGGCGGCGGCGGGGGUGGAGGAGGGGGACGUCGUGCUGGAGAUAGGCCCCGGGACGGGCUCGCUCACCGCCGCGCUGCUCGCGGCCGGCGCCACCGUCGUCGCCGUCGAGAAGGAUAAGCAUAUGGCUACCCUUGUGAGAGAUAGGUUUGGAUCCACAGAGCAAUUGAAGGUCAUUGAAGAAGAUAUUACAAAAUUUCACGUUCACUCCCAUUUUCUCCCUAUCCUGGAGGAGAAAUCCCGUGGCACGAAAAAAUAUGCCAAGGUUGUGUCAAACUUACCAUUCAAUGUCAGCACUGAAGUUGUCAAACAAAUUCUCCCAAUGGGAGAUGUUUUCUCUGUCAUGGUGCUCAUGCUUCAGGAUGAAGCAGCACUACGCCUUGCAAAUGCUUCAAUACAAACACCAGAGUACCGACCUAUCAAUGUGUUUGUUAAUUUCUACUCUGAACCUGAAUACAAGUUCAAAGUAGAGAGGGCCAACUUUUUCCCUCAACCAACGGUUGAUGGUGGUGUUAUAAGGUUUAAAAUAAAGGAUGCUGGGGAGUACCCGCCUGUUAGUUCUAACAAAAGUUUCUUUUCAAUGGUGAACUCCGCGUUCAAUGGGAAGCGCAAGAUGCUUCGGAAAUCACUUCAACACCUAUAUUCUUCUGCUGACAUCGAGGCCGCUCUGACCAAUAUCGGUCUUCCGCCUACGGCUAGACCGUCAGAACUGAUGAUGGAUGAUUUCGUGAGGUUGCACAAUUACCUGGGAAACGUAUGACCACCCCUGCGUUCAAAAUGUGUAUGGAAUCACCUUAUUGAUUUGCUUGCUGGACUAAGCAUGCCGCUGAAGUGAUUUGGUUCCCAGCUAGUGCGCACUGCAACUUUGCAGACUAUGCUUGCUGACAGUGACCGCCUAGUAUUCUCCAGCAGUCCCACAGCCUUCAACCCAACAUAAUCGGUGGCACGGCUUCAGCCCACGGCACCCUUGCAUGGAGAUGAUCAUAGUGAUUGUGCUCCAAAUUCAAAACCAAUGAUAAUAUGCAGGACAUGAUUUGGUUGCACAAGGAAUUGCAGUUUUUUUCCUUAUCGCAGAUAGCAUCCCUGCAAGAGGGAAGAUACGUGGGCGUUGCAUGUGUAUAAUUUACUGGGAUUUCGACUAUCUAUCCUCCUGUACUAAUCUUCGCAAGUUGGAGCGGAAAUGUAGAGAUCAAAUGUCUGUCAGAACAAUCUGAAGAUCAGGCAAAGAUGCGAGCUGCUCAUAGUAAAUUGCCAAGGGUGUUUUUAUGUGUUGACAUAGAUGGUAGAUAGAGGUACGGCCCUUGCAUUUUGAGCUUAAGUUUUGGCUAUAAACUACAACGAAAACGUGCAGAUGCUCGCUGUUUGAGUGUGCGGCAUUCUGAUACUUUUUUGCCUGGCAGCGUGUCGCUGUGAUGCAACAUACAUUUACUGCCAGUUCUUUUCCUGACAAAUAUUGGUUAGCAUGUUGUGCUGUUAUUGUAGUAUUUAUUUAUUUUCUUUUGUUGGUUAAAUAUCUGCGAUGAUGCUUGA